UGCGAACUAAAUUCGCGGCUGAUUAUUUGUGAGAUCUAUUCAAGAUUUAAUUUAUGAAGUUUUUAACCAAAAUUAUUUAUAAAAAAUUUUAAUUUCUAUGUGAUAUGCUGGGCAUAUUGUUCGCUUAUACAGAAAAUUAAGUUGUUCUCAAUUAUAUUUGUGCUUUUUAUAAUAAAUUUGAAUUGCGAAAACCCAACUUUAUGAUCUUCUAAUGAAUUUUAUUAUUUCAUCGUAGAGAGAAAAUAUUUACUUUAGGCAUUGUUGAUAUGCAUUGUGACACAUUUAAUACGAGGAUAUAUAUACGUAAUAAUAACAAUGUAACGAAAAUAAGGAAAGGGGUCGGCUCCGCAUAGUAGAAUCUUUGCAGAGUUACUUUUUGAUAGCAAUGCUAAUAUAAUUGAAGAUGUAGACAUUCUGAUAUAUUUUGAAAACUGCUUGAAUGCCUUUGAUCUUAUAUACGAAUGUCAAUUUCUCUGUGUAUGUAAGUAAUAAAUUUGACGUUUCUUUACAAAUAUUUUCAGCCACAUGUUUUUGUCAAAUUUUAUUUGUGGAAGUUUUUAAAGCAUUUAAAAGGCUUUAAAUAUUUUCUAGUAAACAAUACAUUUAAGAAGCAAAUAAAGAAUGGAAGUGGAAAAUAUAAAUGGUGAUAAUUUUUUACCGCCUUCCAUGUCUAAAAGGGCACCAAAGCGAUCUGCAGAUUAUAACACAGCGAUACCCGUUGACGAGGAGUCUCCGUUGCAGGAAACAAAGCAAAGACUCCAAGCACCGCGUGUAAAACGACAAAAAAGUGAUACUAGGAAAAUUUCGGUUCCACCACACAGAUACUCAUCUCUUAAAGAACACUGGAUGAAAAUUUUCACUCCAGUUGUCGAACAUAUGAAGUUACAAAUAAGAUUUAAUAUGAAAGCGAAACAAGUAGAGUUGAGAAUUUCCGAAGAAACACCUGACAUAUCUAAUCUGCAAAAAGGUGCUGAUUUUGUUAAAGCAUUCCUUUGUGGAUUCGAAGUGGAUGACGCGUUGGCGUUGCUUCGUUUAGAAGAUUUAUUUGUAGAAACAUUCGAAGUAAAGGAUGUAAAAACUCUUCGUGGUGAUCAUUUGAGUCGUGCAAUAGGACGUUUGGCAGGAAAAGGAGGACGUACAAAAUUCACUAUAGAAAAUGUUACAAAAACUCGCAUUGUUUUGGCUGACAGCAAAAUUCACAUCUUAGGGAGCUAUCAAAAUAUUCAACUAGCACGGAGAGCCAUUUGUAAUCUUAUUCUGGGUUCACCCCCAAGUAAAGUAUACGGGAACCUCCGCUCAGUGGCUAGUCGGCUGUCUGAACGUAUGUGAAACAAAAGUUAAUCAAUUAUUAUUACCUUGGUAAUACUUAUAUGAUUCAUCAUUUGCUAAGAUAUGGAAUAUCAAAUAUUUAUUUUUAUUUCAUGUUUAUAACUUUGUAAAAAUAAGAAGAAGAAGCAUAAAUAAAGUUACAGAUGCCAACACCAUAAUAAUACACA